CCGUCUCCCCUCCACAACAACCUUUCAAAACAUGGCCUCGCAGCAAGCAGCUGGUGGAGAGCGACGAGAAGGAGGAGGAGGAGGAGGAGGAGGCAGAGAUGGGGAACAGAAAGACAAGAAACGAAAGGAAUCUAUUCUUGAUUUAAGCAAGUACUUAGACAAGGCCAUAAGAGUCAAGUUUUCUGGUGGGCGUGAAGCUUCUGGAAUAUUGAAAGGCUUUGAUCAGCUAUUAAAUCUUGUGCUUGACAACACCAUUGAAUAUCUCCGAGAUCCAGAUGAUCCAUACAAACUAACGGAAGAUACGAAAGAGAGAGGCUUGGUUGUGUGUCGUGGGACAGCCGUUGUGCUUAUUUGUCCAAUGGAUGGAUGUGAAGCAAUUGCAAAUCCCUUUGUACAACAAGAGACAUAGCAAUAUCAGUUCAAAUUAUAUUUCUAAUAAAUAAAACAUUUUAAAUAUACCUACUUUUUAUGGUAUGGGAAUGUUAAAAGAAAUUCUCUUGUUUGAUUUGUACUUCUAGCAUUUACGUUUGAUUUUGAUUUACGUGAUGUAAACUUAAGCAGGAUUUUAAGGAAAUGCUACUAGAUACAGUAUACAAUUUUGUCUAAAUGUGAGAAGGUAAUUUUCGUAUUCGUCCUGAGUUUCAUAUAAUAUUCAGAUAAAAUUUGAAAAUAUUUAUGUUCAUUUCAAUAAUUUUGGUGUAAUUACUGGGCCUAAUUUAAGUCACUUUUUAAACUAAUGAAAAAAUUCAUUAACGUUAAAUGACAGUGAAAAUUCAGCCAUACACACUACAGUUUUAUUUUCAUUUAAAUCAAAUUAAAAGACAAUAUUAUUUUAUCUGAGUUUAAAAAAUGCAUAGAUGCACACUGUCUCUGAAAUGAUUCAGCAAUUAAUUUUGCUAAAGAAAGUAGAAUCAUUCAUGUGUUGCUUAAAUUUGUACCGUGAGACAGUAUUCAGUACAGUACAUAGAGAACUGAACAAACGUGAUUUUGAUUAAGAAUCUUUACAAAAAAUUAAACUAGGUUCCUUGUGAUUACCUUGUAAUGAUUUCGAGGAUCAACGUCCCUGCGGCCCGGUCUCUGACCAGGCCUCCUGGUUGGUGGUCUGGUCAACCAGGCUGUUGGAUGCGAGGUAAGCCCAAAUUUAUGAUGACUUGCACUAUUAAAAAUCUUCCAUUGCAGUGUACUGUAAACUGUUAUCAUAUUUUAUUGAUAUCAUCGAUAAAUGGCAAUAGGUUAGGUAGCGAAUGUUUUGGGUGUUAAAUGUAAUGAAGUAGCCUACAUUUAUUAAAAGCUUUGUUUAUUUUGAACUUUGGGCUUUGUUCCAUUCAAAGUCUGUUCAUCUGUGCUCAAAUUUUCAAUUUCUUUUAAAUUAAAGUAAGAAAAUGGCUACCAGGAAAAUGUAGAAAAGUUUAAUAUUUAUUUUAACACUUCUAUUGUGUUAUCAUAAUUAGCAUUGAAUACAUUACCUAUAUGUUUCUUUUUUAUAAUGAAAGUUUUCAAAAUC